CCGAAUGCGAAAGGAAUGGUUCUUUUCCACGGAUUGUUGAAGGAAGACGCGGUGAUGGAUUUUAUCAAUACGAAAAAUUCAUCGAAACCUAAACCCGACGACGGGGAGCAUCAAAAGUGUCAUCUCUUGCUCUUACUGAUAACUUGCUUUCAGCGGUUUCUUCCCAAAUAUAGCGAGGAAGCGGUGAGUUUUUGUGCCACACAGUUGCAAAUACGGCUUAUGAUAAUGGAAAAAGCAACAUUAGCUACCACUGCGAGACAACGGAAUAAAGAAGUGGACGAGCAGCAUGUAAGGGUCGACGAUGAUGAAGCGACGACGACCACUGCCAUAUUCCUGAACACCAAGGCAGAUCAGGGAGAUCAAAUACAUAUAGGGCAAGAUGAACCAAAGGGCGAAACGAUGGGAGCACAGAAGACUAAGCCCAAACUUUUCGAUUUUGACAUUGGUCAUGGUGCCUUGGGACGAGAGAUGAAGACUAAAAAACCCAAACUCUUCGAUUUUGAGUUUGACACAUGGCAAGGGCAUAACCAUAUCCAUAAGACUCUUGUUCAUCUUGGGGAGCAACAAGAAAGUGUGGUGAUGCCAAGUGAAAAACCCCAGGAUCAACCACCCCGUUUCAAUGCAGACCAGAUGCGUGCACUGAGUGAAUUGGAAAAGGACAGUUCAAGUGCGUCUAUAAGCGAAGUGGGAGGAGGACGCGCAUUUUUAAGAUUAGAUUAAUAAAGGUGCUUUUCUUGUUACCGUUUGUUAUGGCUCUCUCCCUUACUAGGUGGGGACAGCCAUAACAAGCGGGACAAACGAACAUCAAAAACCUACCUCUAACAUGUGCAUGUGAUAGCACGAAAGAACGUAAAGGUAUAGAAGUGAUGGCAUCUAUACGCAAGCGGAACCGGAUUGAAGAACUACAGCCACCUAAAGUUAAGACUCAAAAAAAAAGAAAUUCUUUCAUCCAGUCUGUGCGUGGUCAUCAGUGAUUUUCUUCGGUUCGCGUAGUUUCCUUCUUAUUCUUAGGGUACUGAAGAAAUGAAGGGAAGAAGUGCAUUGUCUUGCGCUCUAAUGAAGGUGGUAGUGGGAAAAAGACGAAUGUCGUACACCAGACAGUCGAAUAUCACAGUAAAAGUGGGAUAAUCACGUCGGUGCCCGACCGUAUGAGCCACGACGGAGGAGGAUCUGGAUCUUCAGGUGAAUGCGAAGCAGGUGUACAACAGUCUCCUUCGCAAUACCUUGAUGUAGUCGGAGGAGCUCAAGAGCAUCGACGUCUUUCUCUCCAUUCGCAUCCAGCGAGACGCAGAUUGACUCUACGGGAUGCGCGUUUAUCUCAACUGCAAGCCAGACGGCGCGUCCAAGAGGCUAAAGCGAUGAACGCUAAGCAAGCGCAACGUCGUCAAAAACGAGCUCGAUUACUGCAGAAAUUAAGGCUACCGCCGAAGCAUCUUCUCCCUACAGCAUCCAUGUAUGAUCCUUGCUUCUUUUUCUACUUGGAAAAGAAGCCCCUUCCACCUCCAACAAGGACACUAUGUAUUGAUAUAACUCUACUCUGAGCAGGUGAACUACAUGUGGUUAGCAGGUAAGAAGCAGCUCUAAAGAAAAGAGAAGUGGCAAAGGAUUAUCGGGAACGAAACAUUGUGGCUACUAGGGAUUUGCCUUGGACCGCGGUGCCAACUGCUAGAUGGCGGGUAAGGAGACGAGUCCUUUUGGAGAAGACCAUGCGACAAAUAAAGCGAGAUCCAGGCGAACGACGUAGAAGUCUUAAGGCCCUAACGCAUGAUCCUAACGCAUGAUCCUCAGUCCCAUCCUGGGCCUCCUCUUUUUCAAGGAGAAAAAGAAGCCUUCUUCUACUCCAGAGAUACUAUUAAUUAUGCGACGCGAUUGUAGCUCUAAUAGUCGUGGAUCUCCUGGCGAACGGCGUAAAAGUCGAAGAACAACCAUCGGCGAAGAUUCUUCGACGAGGUUAUUUGGAAAUGAAACGACUAGAAGAACAUCGAACGCCUGUGCUACCUUAGAAGCAAUGCUAACGUUCUUUCAUGGUCCUUCUUUUUUGCGUGAUGUCACAGAGUUUACUCAAGUUGCAGGUAGUAAAUUUCCACAUCUGUGUCGGCUUUUGCUGGAAAUGCUAUCGAGGCUAAAAAUGGACGCUAAAGCUACUAGUAGACAUGAAAUUGCGUGUACUGCUUUGCAGAAAUACGCAAGCAACAUUGCGCAAAGUAUAUGAGCAAGUGGCGACUAAGGUUCUAGGAACGAACAAGAACAAGGUCACUUAGUGGGCUUAGACGCAGUCUCUUCAGAGUGCAAAAUCAUUAGGAUCGCAAUUUUGACGCAAAUAUCAUAGCUAUGAGAGAGAUGUACUAGUUGUAGACCACCAAGACCACUCAGUAGCUGCAAAGAUGAGAUCGUAGAUACCGAAGAUCAAGAUCGAUUGAUAAUAUGAUCAUCAAGAUUCAUUCUUUGCUUGAGCUUGUAUUGAUGCGCUCAGGGCG